AUGGAAGAGAUCCUGUCAGAAGAGACCAACCUACUGGGAAAGGACACACUGGUUUCAUGUUGUGGUACAGGAGAUGGCUCUUGGCAUGUGGCCCAGCAAGAGAGGUGGCUUAUCUGGAAGAGGCCUGACAAUAGCGGUUUUCCCCACACAUACAAACAAACCCUUAGCUUGGGACAUCACCAAGAAUCUUUUGGACAGUCUCAUACUGAAUGUCCAGAAGGUCUGAAAGACCAGACCACCCAGGUCCUGAGGUCUGACCCCUUGGACACUAUGACUCAGUCCCCAUCCUCCUGGAAUUAUUGUGCUGGCACAGAGAUAAGCAGCUCUGAAUCAAAUUUCAGCCUCUCUGUGGGCUAUUAUCCCUCACAAGAUAUAAACUCCUGUGAGGAAACAGGACCAGAGGGUGAAUCCAUCCAUUUUCUCCCACCCCUCCAAGGAGCAUGGCUGACCGAAAGAAUGGGGAAACCUAAAGGAAGAUAUAGCAAAGUUGAGACCAGCCCAGAACAAUUUUCCAAACUUAGAAUUACUCUAGCAUGGGAUAUUGAUCUGGUCCCUGACCAAUUAUGCUCAGUAUCUAACUGGAAACUGAACAGAGAAAAUAACUGGGCAGGCAUGAAGCAGGAAAGAAAUACCCACCAGACUAUGAGGGAGCUGGAUGGUUUUGUUCAAAAGCUGGAAGCAGACACUCAGAAAGAAGAUACCUUUAUCCCUGGGUCACUUCUGAAAGAUUCCCAGAUCACCACAGUUUCCCCUCUAGAAACCACUAAAACCACCACUACGUCCAUCCAAUAUGAGACUAUAUCUCAAGCCUCUCCAACUGUUCCGCUGGCAGAAAAUAGACAUCUGGUCCAACCAGUCAUGCCACAGGAGUGCCAGCUCAAAGCAACAAAGCAGUUGCAGACUUGGCAGUACAGGAAGGAAACACCAAGCUACAAGAGGAUAAUAAGCUCUGGAGAAUCCUCCUCACUCUUCACAGAAAAGAGGGAGUACCAGACACCUUCUUCCCCAGGUAGACAGUCGCUGUCCUGUUUAAACAUAGGCAGGAUUCUUCGGUGGUUAAGAGAGCAAGUGAUUUCCUCACUCUCAGGGAAGGAGCAGUCCCAAAACAACUCUCCUGAAGGCACAAAGCUGCUAGCCCAGAAAAGACAGCGCUCAUGCAGAGAAAGGAGAGUCCAACCCCAGGACACUCAAAAAUCUACCUGCCUAUAG